UUACUGGUAAACCCCGUGGAGGUCAGACGACUGGGAAAUAACGAAACAUCGACUAAGAUGGAGGACCCUGGUGGUGCUGGAGCAGAGUCUGUGGCUGCAUCACCAGCAGGUGCAGCCAAGUCAAAGCUGGACACGCUGUCCAAAGAUGACCUUAUCAAGUUUGCAAAGAAGCAGAUGGCUGCCAUGCAAAAGAUGAAGGGCAGAUAUGCAGAUUUGGAAAAAGAAGUUGAAUCCUUCAAACGGCAAUCCAAAAACAAUCACAACAGUUCAGAUGACUCCACUCUGAUGCAGGAGCUGACUGAGCGGAUGGAUGCCUUACUACUGGAGAAGGCAGAAACUCAGCAAAGUCUUUCACUAUCUCGUAAAGAUCUGGAGAAGACUAAGCACCAAGCCAAGGGGGAUCUAUUGGUGCUGCAAGGAGAGCUUGACCGUGUAAUAGAAGAUCACCAAAGAAAGAUCAAGAGCCUAGAGAGCAGCAUUGAGGAAUCCAACAACAAACACCAAGAAGAAGUGUCUUAUUUCCAGAAUUUACUGAAAGAGAGAGAAGAAAGUGACAGGGAGAGGGAGAGUGAAAGAGAAAGAGAGAGGGAGCGCUUGGCUGAAUAUGCGAGUGCAAGAGAGAGCACUGAAGAGGUCCGCCUUUGCUUAGAAGCUCAGCUGGAAACCCUUCGAGCCGAACUGGAAGCAACCCGAGAGCUAAAAUCCCAGGAGAUCGGCGAGCUGCGGGAGAGCCACCAAAGGGAGUUGACGGAGACCCAGCAGGAGGUGGAGAACCUGAAGGAGGAGCUGGCUCAGAAGAGUCUGCAGCACGAGGACGAGAUGAGGGCUCUGGAGGAGGACUGUGAAAUCGAGCGGGAGCGUCUCCUGUUGCUCCACGAGGAGCUGACGGAGCAGCUCGCUCUCAAAGACAGCUUCCUGCAGGAUGUGCAGGAGGAAGACGAAGAACCUCCCCGUGGUUCAGGGAUCGCCAAAAUGCUGGAGCUGUCUGCCUGCAGUCAGGGUGACUCCAGCCAUGGUGAUGGGGAGGAGACAGAGACUGGAAGACUGAGAGCAGCCUUGGAAGAACUUCAAUCCCAGAGCACCAUGCUACAGGACGAGCUAACCCUGCUCAGUAAUGUGAAGAGUGAGCUGGAGGCAGAGCUGGAGAAGGCCAAGGAGGAGUUUCAGACAGAGAGAGAAGAGCUGGAGUUCAAAAUCAAUGAACUGCAGAUGAACCGUGAUAGUGCUCCCAGUGACCCAGCCGUAACCCUGGACCCUGACCAACAGGAAGUCCAAGGAGACUUUCAGCAACAGAGUGAAGCACACGAAGAUGGAAGUGAAUCAGCAAUCAGUCCCGUGGACCAAAACCCUUUGAAUCCAGAGGCGCUGAGGGACCAGUGCGAGGCCUUGACCAGAGAAAGAGACUCUGCUGUGACCGAGUGUCAACACAUGAGAGACAUACUGCAAGGUUUGGAGACAGAACUGGGUGAGAAGACGACAAAGUUUGUUAUUCAGUACAAAGCCAUGAAGGAGCAAGCGGCAAAUACUGUACAGGAACUCCAAGACAAGAUGGAACAACUUAGCCAGGAGAGGGAUGAACUGAUGGUGAGGGUGAGAGAGGGUACAGAGGAGAAAAUCACUCUGAUGAAGAACAUAGAGGACCUGAAGCUGAAGCUUGAAGGUUUCGCGGGUGAGGACCAGAAGCUCCAGACGUCUCUAGAGGAACAGACAACUUUAUCCUGUGAGCUGAAGCAAACUGUGGAGGACCUGACCAGGCAGAAUGUGGAGAUCCUCUCCCAACUGCAAGUGAAGGAAAACCUGACUCAAGAGCUGGAGGAGAUGUUGGGCACGCUGACUGAAGAGCGAGACAAAAUACAGUCCCAGCUUCAGCAAAGAGAAGAGGGAACGCAAAAGCUGAACAACGAGAGAACAAAAGAGUUCGAGAGUUUGCUUCAGGAGAAGGAGAAAGAGGCCCUUUUGCGUAAAGACAAGAACGAGAAAGAUUUGCGAAGCCUGAAAAAAGAGAGGGAGGAUGAAGUGCGACAGCUUAAAGAGGAGAAGGAGAAGAUGGAGGAGAACCUGAAAGAGGAGGUGGAAAGACGGACGGAGACAGUUUCUGCUUUAGAGCUGACUAUCAAAGACCUCUCCACAGAGAAGGCUGACCUCCAACAGAAAUUGGAAGAGGCAUCUUCUGGGCUUGCCGAAGCCCAGGAAACAAGGGAGCUGUUGGGCUCCAGGCUGGCAGCCCUGGAGGCUCAGCUGGAGCAAGACACGUCUGAAAAGAAUCAUCUAGAGGCAAAGUUGAAUUCACUCGCAGAGCAGGCCCGCCCCACCAACACAGGCCUGGAGGAAAGUCAUUCUGAAGCGCUCAAAAACUCCACAGAAGAAGUUGAGGAGCUCCGAGCACGUGUGGACGAGCUGGAAAAGGAGAGGGGGCUGUUGAGGAGUAGUCUUGAGGAGGCUAAGGGGGUAAUGGGAUUAGAGGAGGUGGUGAAGGAGCUCCAGGCUCGUAUCGCAGACCUGGAACAGGAGAGGAGCAUGCUGAGAAACAACCUGGAGGAGGUGGUGAAGGAUACCGAGGGGCUGCAGAAAGACCUGGAGGACAUGAAGUCAGUCAAUGAGAAGUUCAAUGAGGAGAACCAGAGACUCCAGGAUCACAUUUCUCAGAUGACUCAAGAAAACGAAGAAAAGGAGGAAGAGGAAAUGGAGAGAGUGAUGGAGAAUAUGGAGAAGGAGAGAAGAGAGCUCAACGACCAGCUGACCGAGAAGGAUUCACUCAUAUCUCAGCUGAGGAGCGAAAUCGCUGCUCUUCAGGAGUCUGCUGCUCAUUCAGCUUCCUCUGAGGAGAAUGCAGCCAGUGAGAUCGCAAAGAAAAUAGCUCUCCUGGAGAAAGAACACAAAGAAAAGGAUGAGAGGAUGAACAAAAUCAAGGCAGUUGCCAUCAAAGCAAAGAAGGAGCUGGAAAUCAGUAAGAAAGAGGUUGCAUCCCUCAAGGUACAAGUAGAAAAGCUGAAAGAAGAGAGGGAGAAAGUGAGCAGCUCUAUGAAAGAUAUCAUCCAUGGUGCUGAAGGCUACAAAAACCUGCAGAUAGAUUACGACAAGCAGACAGAGCAACUGGAUAAAGAGAGAGAGAAGGUGGAGGAGGCAGAGAGACAGAUCGCUGAGCUGACCAAACGACUCAGCAGUGCUGUCACACAGACAGAGACACUUAGCAGUGAGAAGGAGAACCUGCUGGCCUGUAUGGAGACGACAAGAAGCACAGUGAGGCAGCUGGAAGCUCAAAACCAGGAGCUGCAAAGACAAUCAGCCGGUCUGGACAGAGACCUGCUGACUGAGAGAUCCAUGAAAGAACAGAAGAUGAAGGAAUUGUCAUCUGCUUUGAAGGAUGUAGAAGAGCUGACAGCACAGCUUCGCAAGCAGCAGCAACAGUCUCAGCAGACUGCCCAGGAGCUGGAGCAGCUACGCAAGGGGGCGCAGCAGAGCUCUCUGCUGGACAUGGAGAUGGCCGACUACGAACGCCUGGUGAAAGAACUCAAUGCCAAACUCUUAGAUAGAGAUGAGUGUGCUGAGGAGUUAAAGGCCCAGAUAAACACCCUGACCCAGAAGGCGGACUCACUCAAACAGGAAAUUGAGGCUCUGAAGUCCCAGCUGGACCAGGGGGAGGAGAAGACCUCCAAGAUGAAACAGCUGCUGGUGAAGACCAAGAAGGACUUGGCUGAUUCCAAGAUGCAGGAAAGCUCCCUCAUGAUGCUGCAGGCCUCUCUUAAAGGAGAGCUGGAGGCUAAUCAACAGCAGCUGGAAAACUCCAAGAUCGAGGUGUGUGAGCUCACGGGCGAGCGACAUCGUCUGCAGGAGCAGCUGAGGUCUGCGUUGGAACAGCAACAGAGAACCAACAGCUCCCUGCAGCACCGCAUCAACAGCCUGCAGCAGGAGAGAGACACUGCUAAGGCUGAGCUCAUGGCAACAGCGGGCGAGUUUGAGGGCUAUAAGGUGCGAGUCCACAAUGUGCUGAAGCAGCAGAAGACUAAAACGACUGUCCAGAGUGAAGGAGACUCUAGCAAAUUAGAGAGGGAGCAGUUGUCCUCGCAGGUAGACCAGCUGAGGUCCAGGCUGGCAGAGAGCCAGCAGAGCCUCCAGAGCAGCACAGCAGAGCUGCAGCAGAUCCAGACCGAACACGACACUCUGCUGGAGAGACACAACAAGAUCCUCCAGGAGACCGUCAGCAAGGAGGCGGAGCUCCGGGAGAGGCUGCUGUCAGUGCAGACGGAGAACGUGGCCCUGAGGUCAGAUCUGUCCCAGGCCGAGGCCGACCUGUCAUCCCAGGCCGAGGCCCAGCGCCAGACCUACAGGGAGCAGCUGAGGAAGCUGCAGGAUGACCACCGGGCCACCGUGGAGACCCUGCAGGGCCAGCUGACCCGCGUUGAGGAGCAACUCUUCCACCUGCAGAGCCAGAACAGUUCAGUAGUGGUCCAGUCCCACCGUAAGUCCCUGGCGUCAGACCCCCAGCGCAGAAACACGGAUCACAACCAGGCAGGUCUGGGAAUAAUGGCCCUCAGCGACCUCCAGUCUAUGGCCAGAGAGGAGGGCGAGGGCAUGGAGACCACUGAGACCGAGAGCCCGUCCCCUGCUCUGUCGCCCCUGCCCUCUCUGGAGCACCUUCUCACGUCACCGGACCCUAAACAAGAGCCUUUUGUGUGGAAGGUGGAGCCCACCAAAGAAGAGCUAAGUCUAAAGCUGAGCACAGCCACGCGCAGCAUGGAGCAUAUGAACAGCCUGCUGCAUGAAACGGAGGCCACCAAUGCUGUCCUCAUGGAGCAGAUCGCCUUGUUGAAGAGUGAGGUGCGUCGUCUAGAACGAAACCAUGAGAGGGAGAAGAGUGUGGCCAACCUGGAGUAUCUGAAGAACGUCCUGCUGCAGUUCAUCUUCCUGCAAUCGGGCAGCGAGAGGCAGGCGCUUCUGCCCGUCAUUCACACAAUGCUGCAGCUCAGUCCAGAGGAGAAAAGCAAACUGGCUGCCAUCGCACACGGUCAGGAAGAGGGGUCGGGUUCUGGGGGCUCAGGCUGGAGCUCCUAUCUUCACAGCUGGUCUGGGAUCAAAUAGACUUGAUGAUCAACCAACCCAACAAAAAACACUAGGAGCACAGUGCUAAGAUGUUACUGGGGCCAUUUUCUGUGAAAACAUGUGCUUAGCAGCGAUGCUUACAAAGUGCAUUCAAAAUAGUGGAAAAAGAUGGAGGUUAACUGGGGCAUUUACAAACUUUAGGGCACACCAUGGAAGGGACCAAGGAAUGUUUCAGAAAAUAAUGAGGAAGUGUGUGGUAGAGAUUAAACCAAAUCACUUGACAUUAAUAUUGAUUUGAAUUUCCAGUGCAAUAGUUACAUAAGCCUCUUACCAAUUAAAGUUACUGUGACACACUUUGUCUUCCUUACUCUUACUAUCGACACAUAUAAUAACAAUAUUUACUGGACAUUUCUUGAAAUGGAGCUCAUAAGGCAUUAUAAGGCAUCAUUAGUACUAUGAAAAACUUGGUGUGAUGUACAUGGUGAAAUUAGGAGAGGAGGAAUUAAUCAAGGGGAUAACUGAGCAUGAGAUAACUUGAAUAUCAUUUUCAGAUCUUUGAUAACUUUCCAAAAUGUUACUUGCACUUCCAUUUGGCUUGUCUUGUAUAGCACAGUCCCCUAUACUGGAGUUUAAGCAUAUUUGGUUAAAAUCCCAUAUGCUUCACAUUUCUUUCAACAAUUUUUAAGGGCAUGCUUUAAUUUUUACCUACCUUAGAGGCAAUCUUUUUUUUUUCCAUUCCUUGCAGUAUGAAAAUUGACACUUGCUCAAUACAUCCCAGUAAACAUUUAUUUUUUUAUUAGUUGUCUCGAAGGUAAAAAAAAAGGCAUUAAAGCAACAUGCUUUGGAAAACAAUCAGCUGUAGUGAAGAUAAGAAUGUGUGAAUUGGUAAAUGGGCUGAAUCACACAAAAAACACUGUUGUGGUUUGUUUAAGUCAAUUUUGUCAUUUGAAGUACAAAAGAGCAGAUAGCAUCAUUUUCCUUUUUCUGAGUUUUUUUGCAGUUCACCAAAUUCUCACAUUCUGAAAUCUGGAACAGUUAUCAUUUUCAGUCCUUGAGUUUUGAUUAAUCUCAUCUUGUAAUGAUGGUUGGUUUGAUAUUUUUGUUCUGGUUACUGUGUAAUUAGUUGUUAUUGUUUGUUGUGGUUGUUGUUAUUAUUUAAUGUCAAAUUAUGAUUUCAAUCAUUUAAUGUAUUUUGGGAAUACUUUAUGGUUUUUGUCAGUUGUUGUGCUGCUGCAAUCGCCAAACAUGAAGGAUUUGUUGCAACUUAAUUUGUGACUCUGUCUUGUUGAAGGACAGUCUCCAUGACAACAGUGUCCUUGUGCAGGACUCCCUAUCUGACCCAUGGGUGCUGCUUCUUACAGUGUCUUACCACGACCCCUGACCUCCCUGUGGAGGUAGCAAAAAGAAAAAAAUAUUCUGCAACAAAGCCCCCCUUCCUGAUAAACACACAUUCACCCAGUCUUACAUUACAUUGAUCAAUUCCCACCAACAAUGAAGACAACUGGCCUGUUCAUUUUCUCAUUCCACUGGCAGCUUUUUUUGUGAUUCCUUCAGCAUGAGUGAAUGUAAUUGUAUCUAAGGCUUUUAUAUUUAUGACGGUUAAUGCCAGGAGGAGCUAUGAGAGAUUACCUUAAUUAUAAAAUUGGAUAUGUAUAAACAUGAAUGAGCAUUUACAGGGUGUUAACUUGUUCACUAGUUCACAGUUCUUAUUUUUGUUCUGGUUAUUUCCAACUGUAAACUAAAAUAAAGUUAACA